AUGGACACUACAAUUGAUCUUCCUGAUCGCACAAAAGUGCCGACGAACAUCCAACGGCCGCGCAAAGAAAAAGCCCCCAAAGCCCCCAAGCAGCCGAAGGGCGCUACCCCGCCAAAGACAAGUAAACCUGCCUCCGUAGCCUUCAAUGAAGACCCAGACUCGAUGUUCAAAACUGGCUUCCUUGCCGACGUUUAUAAUGAGAGACCAAUCGGUUCUGCGCAUGUUAAGAAGGUUGUGACCCGUUUCCCGCCCGAACCAAAUGGCCACCUUCACAUCGGCCAUUCCAAAGCCAUUGCGAUAAAUUUUGGUUUCGCGCGAUUCUAUGGGGGGGAUUGCUAUCUUCGAUUCGACGAUACGAACCCUAAAAGUGAGGAGGAAGAAUUUUUCAUUGCGAUUGAAGAUAUCGUACGGUGGUUGGGGUUUUCGCCGGUCAAGGUCACCUAUUCCAGUGACAAUUUUGAUCGUCUUUAUGAGCUGGCGGAAGACUUAAUUAGACGAGAUGGCGCAUAUGUUUGCCACUGCAACAGGCCCGAAAUCCAAGCCCAGCGAGGUGGAGGAGAAGGGGAAGGCAAACGUCGAUUUGCGUGCGCACAUCGUACUCGUCCCAUUGAGGAAUCACUUACGGAAUUCAGAGCAAUGCGCGAUGGCAAAUAUGCAGCAGGAGAAGCCGCAUUACGCAUGAAGCAGGACAUAGAAGAUGGUAAUCCCCAAAUGUGGGAUCUCUUUGCGUAUCGUGUCAUCGAUGACAAGGAUAGACAUCAUUUCCGAACUGGGGAUAAAUGGAGAAUAUACCCUACGUACGAUUUUACUCAUUGUCUCUGCGAUAGCUUUGAGGGCGUCACGCACUCUCUUUGCACCACCGAAUUCGAGUUGUCGCGGGUAUCUUACGAGUGGCUUUGCGACAAAUUGGAAGUUUAUAAACCGAUGCAAAGAGAAUACGGCCGUCUCAAUGUUACUGGAACCAUUCUGUCAAAACGUGAUAUUCUGAAACUUAUCGGUGGCAAUCAUGUCGGAGGAUAUGACGAUCCUCGCCUGUAUACACUUGUCGGUCUACGAAGACGAGGGGUGCCUCCCGGAGCUAUCCUUUCGUUCGUGAACGAACUUGGAGUGACCAAAGCCAAGACAAAUAUCCAAGUACACCGCUUUGAGCAAUCAGUGAGAAGGUAUCUAGAGACGACAGUUCCGCGAUUGAUGGUCGUUGUCGAGCCCCUAAAGGUUAUCAUCGAUGAUCUUCCUGAAGAUUACCUUGAAAUGGUGGAGCUUCCUUAUUCGAAAGACCCCGCAUUCGGAGUCCACAAGGUCCCGUUUACAAGGGUCGUUUAUAUCGAGCAAAGCGAUUUCAGAGAAGUUGAUUCGGCAGACUACUUCCGACUUGCGCCUGGGAAAACCGUGGGUCUCAUGAAAGUUCCAUAUCCAAUCACAGCCACAACCUUUGAAAAGGAUCCAGAAACGGGUCUCGUAACCUGUGUUCAUGCAAAAUAUGAAAAGCCAGUAGAGGGAUCCGCACCUAAGAAACCGAAAACAUUCAUCCACUGGGUCUCUCUGUCCCCCGAACAUUCUAGUCCCAUAAAAGCCGAAGUCCGCAUUAUCAAUCGGCUUUUCAACUCCGAAGACCCCAAGAGCCAUCCAGACGGAUUCCUGGCGGACAUUAAUCCUAAUUCCAUGGAUAUCUACCGCAAUGCCAUGGUCGAUAUCGGGUUCCCCGAAAUUAAACGCCGCGCGCCUUGGCCUGCAAAGGAGGGCGAAAAGCGAUCGAACCCGGAAAACCCCGAGAGACAAGAAUAUGACAUUAGCGGCGCAGGGAAUGUCGGCGCGGAUGGAUCAAUCAUUCGUCCAGAAACGGUUCGGUUUCAGGGGAUGCGGGUGGCGUAUUUUGCGCUUGAUAGUGAUAGUACCGAGGACAAGGUGAUUUUGAACCGGAUUGUGGCCUUGAAGGAUGAUGCUGGGAAAUAG